AACAGCUUGCUGUCCAGAUGUCCACUGCCGCCUCCAUCCAUCCAUCCAUCGGUCGAGGUGUCUAGAUGGCGUUGGCUUUCCGCUUCUUGUGUCCCUUCUUGAUCGACACGCCACUCGCCAAGCGGGGCUGACCAGCACCACCACCAGCGCCUCCACCAGCAGCAGCAGCAGCAGCAGCAGGGCCGGGCACAGGAGGAGGAAGGUCGGGAGGGAACAGGGGAGGCGCCUGCAGACACACAGAAGGACAGACAGACAGACAGACAGACAGACAUGUGUGUGUAUCAGGAGAGGGAGAGAGAGAGAGAGAGAGAGGGGGGAUCGUUUGUGUGUCGCACCGGUAUGACUUUCUUGAAGACGAAUAUCUUGUAGAAGCUGAAUGCCUCCUGCUGGUCGGGCGGCAUCACCAAAUGACGGUUGUGCUGCAGCCAAUGACUGCACCACACACACCCAACACAUACCACACACACCCAUCCCUCCCUCUCUCUCCCUUUUUGUGUCUGUCAUUGUCUACAUGAGUCUGGGCAUGUGUUGUUCCCGUGUGGCGUAAGUGAUGAACUGCGGGAACUCCAUGUGUGUGAGGGGCACCAGGUGCAGCUCCCGCGCCACCCGGCAGAACUCGAACCACGGCACGUUGUACUCACGCUCGUCUAUCAGCCCCUUCAACUGAAACAAAUACUGCAGACCCCUGCACACACCACACAGAGAGAGAGGGGAAUGAGUGCUGUGGGUGUGUGGGUGUAGGUGUGGGAGCGUGUGUGCUGUGCUGACCAGGUGGUGUUGAGCCGUCGCUGGUAGACCUCCUGCGGCUGGUCCAGCACCACGGGCCCCUCCUGGCCCCCAUCCACCCGGCCCCCGUCGCCCCGGAUGGCUCUGAAGGCGUCCUGGUCGAAGCUCACGCGAUACACCGAGUUGCCGAACUCAUACGAGAUGCGGCCGCUGGUGCUGCCCUUCUGCACACAGUCAGCGAAAGAGAGAGAGAGAGAGAGCUGGGGAUCUGUACUUGUGGGUGUGAGUGUGUGUAUGGGUGUGGGAGGUGCGGACGGUUGGCGCUUCGAAUCUGCGUGUGAUUCUCUUGAGGUUUCUGGCGAUCAUGUCGCACGAGGAUGUGGAGCCGAUGAACACUCCGCCGGGCUUCAGGUGACGCGACACCUGCACACACACAGAGAUCCAUGGAUUCAUACGUAUACGAUUGUGUGUUGGGGUGAGUGUUUGUGAGGGUGCGUGCGUGCCUUUCUUAGGAAGUCAGUGGCGGCCUGUUGGUUGUACAUGAGGUAGUGGAUGGCCAGCUGGAUGCUCACCACGUCGAACUGCUCACCUGCAGGGGAGGGACACACACACAGAUGGCCAUGGCGUAUGUGUGUGUGUAUGUGUGUGUCGCCUCUUUGUUCACUACCCUUGAGAGGCUCGUAGCACUUCUCAUCCAGCAGACUCCCUGCAAACAAACACCACACAUAUGGCCCCCGUGUGUUUAGGUAAGUGUCUUCCCUCUCCCUGUCUAGUGUGUGUGCGGAUGCAUCCAGACACUCGUACCAACGUAGAACUUGGCCUCAUAUCUGAAGCGGUUCCCGGCGCCCUCCUUAUACCGACGCCGGGCCUCAUCUGAUCCACACACACACACACACAUAUACACACACAUAGAUGGACGGUUGCUGUGUGUGGGGUACCGAUUUCCUUGGACGAGAUGUCGAUGCCGAUGUACUUGCGGAUGUUCAGGUCCACGUACUUGAGCAGAUCCUGACCUGUGUGUGUGACCAAGGAAUGGCACGACACACACCCCGCACCGAUGGAUGGCACACGUGACACACAGCUAUCUCCCUCCGCCCUCCCACGCACCCACCGUGUCCGCAGGCGAGAUCGAGGACUGUCGCGUUGUUGUAUUGCGACACGUGCAUGUCGAUCAUCGUCCGCUUCACCUCGUUGUUGUACCUAACACAGACAGACAACAGACCACUCUCAUCAACACGCACCAUGGCCAGCACCGCACCGCAGCCACCCUCCUACCGUCUGAGUGCCUCCAGCUCAGCCCCCCGGGCGCCUUGAUCUAUCUUCUUCUGGUCGUAGUGACGACGGGCUGCGGCGGCCACGUCGCCGAAGUAAUUCGGGUACAGAUACGUCCCUGACACCACACCACACAGGAAGCGUGUGUGUGUCUGAGUGGGUCUGUCUGUCUGUCUGUCUGUCAGGGUGUGAGAGGAUGCUCACUGUCUUCUGCGAGGGCCUCGUCAAUGUGCUCCGCGAAGGCCCGCAUGUUUCGGAGGAGAUCUGACAACCAACGCCACAGCCAGCACACGGAUGCAUCAGUGUAGCCUGUGUGGCGUAUGGGUACCUCUGACUAUGUGUGCGAGUCCGUUUGGUUUGCCCUCGAUGAGCCGCAUGUACUGCUUCUUGAGCUGCCCGAAGUCGGCCACCAGCCGCACCUGGUGACGCACACCGCCCUCCUUCGCCGCUGCAGAUGAUGAUGACGACAAGGCGCCCCCGUCCAUCUCAUCGUCUUCGCCCU